AUUAGGCUACAAGAGAAAAAAGAAGGAAUGAACAACAUCAAUAUGCUCGUACAAAAGACAGGCAACAUUUGUAACCAAAAAAAAAAAGAAACACCAAUAAAUUAGAAUGUUUCAAGAGCACUAUAAUUAAAAUUUUCUGGCUCUAGUCUCUUAUCACGUUCUAAGAGCAAUAGAUGUCGCAGCGAAACAGCAACUAUCAAAUAAGCAUUAGCCAACUUCACUUGGAGUUGCAAUUGUAGAUUGAUCAUCAACCUGCAACAUUUACUAAAUAGGUAAUAAAGCAGCCUUAUUGAAGAAUAUUGGAAUCAAAAUGUAAAUCAGUAGACACCUUAUUUGAAGAGGAUUUGUUCUAUAAGAUCGUACUUUUAAAUCCUUAACUCUAAGGAGAAAGGAAAGUGUAAAUUAGUAGCUAGAAGCCUCUCCAGAAUAAUCCAUACCAAAAAAGAAUUGUUCUCCAGCAAUUAGUAGCUAAAGAGCUCGGCAUCAGUAACAUAAACCUGGCCUAUAAGGUAGCAAUGGAAAAUGGCCAUCAUCAAAUUGUCUCGGCUCUACCAUUUCUGACACCAUUUAAUUUAUAUAAGGCAUUUGACACCAAAUUCGACACCACAUGUUUCAUUUAUAUGCACAUAGAGGAAAUAUUAGAACGAUUUGGAUUCUUGAGUAAAUCUGAAUAUUAAUCAAGAGUUUAGCAUUUGAUAGGUUAUAAACUUCCCGGUCUUGAUCUACAAGGAAAAUGAAAAGAAUUACCAUGAAAUAAGAUGUGUUUAUUAUUUGAUUGAUAUUAAAGUUUUGAGUUACAAGUAAAAAGUUAGGAUAGAUGUAAACUAUACAAAUGCUAAAUAUAAGACUAAAGCAUCAUUCUGUUCAACUUAUUUCGGAACGCAAAGUGUAACUGUAAAAGGGACAAAGGAGCAAGUAGGAAAAAAACAGGCAGACAAAGGAUCAACAUUUGCGCAUUGCAUUUCAAAUAAAUUGAUCUCUUAUGAUAAACAACAUAUUCAUGAUGUAUUAUUAAAUCAACCAGCCUAUAUAGGAAAACACAAAUCUUGACAUUCUUGUUGUAUCUCUGUUAAAACCAAUCAAGAGAUGAUGAAAGAAACAGUGUACUUAGGAUGAUUUGCUUUCAAAGAAGAAGGGAUUUUGCCUCUAAACAAAAAACAUUAAAAAAAACACACUCUGCCUAUGUAAGAAAACACCUGAAAACUUAGGAGCCAAUACCAACGUUGCUACGUGAGAUCAGACCUGGAUUCACCUGUCUUGUCUGCGGCCAUAGAAGUUGGUUCAUACACCCCAGGAUUAGGGGAGCUCAAGCACCUGUAGAGAAACACUCCUGAAAAGUCACCCAAGAUUUACACCAGAAAGUGGAAUAAAUCCUCAAACAGUCCCCAUUUGAUUAGUAUUGCCCUCAAACAGCCAAGCAAACACCAGCCCAAACAAUAAAGGCUAGACCAAUAGCAAAAUCGCACAGGUACACACGUUGUGAACAGUAACUCGAGCAACCAAAUCAAAGAGACCAAAAUCAAGUUGUUUGACUUAGGAUUCCAACACCAGACGCUGAAUGGCCCUUGAAUCACGAACAGAAUACAAGAAAAUGGGAUGGAAAACAAGCAAAAAGCAUGGGUAAACCUGGACUUGAAGAACUCGCUGUGAACAGUGACUCCGAGUCCAAAAUUUUUGCUCAAUUCGCAGCUUCCUUCAACUGGUUUGGAAAACCAAUUUCAGGUGUUGAAAGAGCAUCCCAAGUCGCCCAUAAUCACCCGAAAAUUGGCCUUCAAACGAGCUUGAACCGAGGUGAAUUGAACCGAGUCACAGAUGAACAGUAACUGGGCAGUCGGCGCUGGGCAGUGGGGCUGACGGCAAAGGCUCUCGGCGAAUUGGCGAUGGCUGGGACUGACAGCUAAGGCUCUAGGCAAAUUGGCGAAUCCUUUGCUCUAGAACAACACAACACACACGAGAUGGCGAUUAAGGUGGGAUAAGGUUGGGCUAUUGAGUGACUGGUGUUCUUUGAACCGAAAUAAGAAAUUAGGAGGAGGGAG